AUGCUGCGCCCCGUGCCCGAGGCGGGCGAUCCGGGCGACACGCUGUUCUGGGGGUGGGUGGUGCUGCUGUCGACGUGGGUGGUGUUCGUGGUCGGCAUUGGGAGCGUGCUUGGCGUGUGGGAGUGGGCGUGGACUGGCGGUGCGGCCGGCGGAGCAGCAGCGAAGAAGUGGCCGAAGAGUAUUGGGGGCGAAAAGAAGUUCCCCGGCGAGUUCCCGAUCCCAGGGUAUUAUCCUGCCAUGGGCAUCCUGAGCUGUGUCAUGGCUUGGGUCUGGGUUGUCGUGGCGUGGGUCGGGCUCAAGUACUUCAAACAUGCAAAGAUACAGAGUUGA